AUGGCCACCUCCAAAGAAUGGCAGAAGAUGCUGAAUGGCGAGCUAUACUGGGCCUGGGACGAGGAUCUACAGGCCAACCGCGAACGAUGCAAAUUAGCAUGUCAACGGUUCAACGAAGCCGGACAAGUAUCUAGACGACGCAGGGUGGAACUAUGGAGAGAUAUAAUUGGAGAUACCCGUCCUCUCCCACCCCCUCUCGCCGAUGCCAAAGAAGACGAAGACCAAUUCAAAGAUACAGACCCCGUCGUUGACCCCCCAAUCUCAGUCGACCACGGUCUCAAUUUCAGGGUUGGAAAAGGGACAUUCCUCAACUUCAACUUGAUCGUCCUGGAUACCUGUCUUGUGACAAUCGGGGAGCGCGUCCUCUUCGGCCCGAAUGUUAGUAUCUACGGUGCCACGCACCCGAUGGACCCUGCUGUGCGACGCGGGCUCGAGGGCCCGGAGGCGGGGAAGGAAGUGCAUAUUGAGGAUGAUGUUUGGAUUGGCGGGAGUGUGAUUAUUUUGGCGGGUGUUAGGAUUGGACGGGGGAGUACGGUUGGUGCUGGGAGUGUUGUUACCAGGGAUGUGCCACCCUUUCACUUCGUUGCUGGAAAUCCGGCACGGGUGAUUAGGAAAAUCGAGACGAGUAUGGAUCCGGAGCAGCAGUCGAAUCAAUGA